GGCGGAGUUUGGUGACGAGCUUCCGCCAGGUUGCGUAGCAGCGGUGGGCGGGGCAAGGGAUCCGUCCCACACCGCGAAGAGUGGUCGGAACCGUCUCUCGUCUUCUUCCCCUUCCCCUUCCCCUCCCAGGAAAGCUUGGGACCCGGCACCCGGGCUAUCCCUUGGCCGCUGCGGCCUCAGCUCCAGCCAGGCCUGGGUACGGAGAGUCCAGACCGCUUCCAGGGCGAGUGCUCCUGAUUGUGACAUCACAUCCAUCCCCUUGGCAAUGGAGCUUGUCCCUAGGAAGGAAGACUCAGUCGGAGAAUAGCCAACAAGAUGGGUUACUGGGAACGUCUCCUGAGUGGCACUGAGUGGAAGCAUCAGGGGGUUGGAGCCUUGUGAACAGGGAACCUGCCCCCAACACUUGGAAGGACCUGGGUUUCAGUGAUGAGACAUGGGGUAUGAUGUAACCCGUUUCCAGGGGGAUGUUGACGAAGACCUUAUCUGUCCUAUUUGCAGUGGAGUCUUGGAGGAGCCAGUCCAGGCGCCUCACUGCGAGCAUGCUUUCUGCAACGCCUGCAUCACCCAGUGGUUCUCUCAGCAGCAGACGUGUCCGGUGGACCGGAGUGUUGUGACGGUCGCCCACCUGCGCCCAGUACCUCGGAUCAUGCGGAACAUGUUGUCAAAGCUGCAGAUCGCCUGCGACAACGCUGUGUUUGGCUGCAGUGCUAUUGUCCGGCUUGACAACCUCAUGUCUCACCUCAGUGACUGUGAGCACAACCCAAAACGGCCUGUGACCUGUGAACAGGGCUGUGGCCUGGAGAUGCCCAAAGAUGAGCUGCCAAACCACAACUGCAUUAAGCACCUGCGCUCAGUGGUACAGCAGCAGCAGACACGAAUUGCAGAGCUGGAAAAGACCUCAGCAGAACACAAACACCAGCUGGCAGAGCAGAAACGAGACAUCCAGCUGCUCAAGGCGUACAUGCGUGCAAUUCGCAGUGUCAACCCCAACCUUCAGAGCCUGGAGGAGACGAUUGAAUACAACGAGAUCCUAGAGUGGGUGAACUCCCUGCAGCCAGCACGGGUGACCCGCUGGGGAGGGAUGAUCUCCACCCCAGAUGCUGUACUCCAGGCUGUAAUCAAGCGCUCCCUGGUGGAGAGUGGCUGUCCUGCGUCUAUUGUCAACGAGCUGAUCGAAAAUGCCCAUGAGCGUAGCUGGCCCCAGGGUCUGGCCACACUAGAGACAAGACAGAUGAACCGGCGUUACUAUGAGAACUACGUGGCCAAGCGCAUCCCUGGCAAGCAGGCUGUUGUCGUGAUGGCCUGUGAGAACCAGCACAUGGGUGAUGACAUGGUGCAGGAGCCAGGGCUUGUCAUGAUAUUUGCGCACGGCGUGGAAGAGAUAUAGGAGAUCUCGAUGGGCGAUCUGGAAGAGAUGAAAAUCAGAAAAUCCUGUCACUCCAGCAGCGGGGCCCUGAGUCCUCCCUACUUUCCUUAAUACCGUGGCUAACGCUAGAGCCACACAUCUCCCUGCUCUUCUGCCACUGAAGAGGGCCCCAGGGCACUCUACUCAGGCUUCCAGGUGGGAAACCCAGAUUCCCUCCAUUUGCCUAAUUUCUUCCCCUAAAAUGUCUGUAUAUUUUCCAUCUGGUUGGGAAAGUCCCCACGUCUAUAUCUGUUUUCCUGCCUAGGGUCCCUGGUUCCAGAUAUUUUCAGAAAGCACAAAGAUACUCAUUUUCUCUAGAGGAUCAGGAUGGAGUGAGGCAUCUCUAACUGUUCCCCUCCUCCAAAACCAGGGAAUCCAGAGCAGGCAGGCCUAUUGACUCUAUAAACAGCAUUUAGAGGGCGGCUCUGGGGAGCAGACAUCCUAAAGAAAUGGUAAGGAUGGAACAAAACCCUAGAAAUAAUGAGGCCAGUAGGCCAUCGCUGGUGGCCCCUAGGGGAAGACUGGACCUCUGUGCCAAGCAAUACCCUGUUCAGCCCACCUUAAAGGUGUGGGCUCCCGCCGGGUCUGCAGGUGUGCAGGUGGGGAUGCCGAAAACUUCCAGAUGAGCUCUUCUUUCCUACACUUUCUCACGAUUAGGGAAUGACAGGGUUGGGGUGAGGGGUUAGUCCAUUGGGGUGAAUAUGCUCAGCAGGAAGCAGCUCUCUGGCUUUUGCUGAAAUUGGGUAGGCACUGCCUCUGGCACAGGCCAUAAUAGUUCCAUAGACCCCUCUCUCUCAGCCCUGUGAUUGUAACUAGUUAUUUUGAUAAUUUUCUUUGGCCAUUGUUUGUUUAUAUUUCACUCCCUCCCUCACAGUUUUUCUUUUUUAAGAAUGGCCUGAUGAUGGCUACCCCACUUUUCCAGCCCUGCCACAUUGUUGGCAAUUUAAUUUAUUUACUUUUUUUUUUUUUUUAAGAAAGGAAAAAAAAAAUUUACGAAACUUAAAACUUUUCUUUUGCUGUUCCUAUUGUGGGGAUUUUUGGAUAGGGUGGGACAGGGAUGGGGUCUGUUUUAUAUUUUUCCUUUUCAGCACAACCUUUGGCUUUAAUAUAGGAAAGGCUAAGGGAGUCCUUGGCUGAACUGAAGUCUGCCCCAAUCCUCCAUAACCCAUCUGAGAUGAGGAGCUUCCUCUAUUCCAGUGAUGGAUGCGACAGUCCAGCGUCAAUGACUGUGCCCUCUGGAGACCUUGGCUCCCAGCCCUUCUAGGGUCUCACUGUAAAAGUCUGGAUGUCGAGUAUUAAUUUUGAAGAAAUCCUGCCCGCCACUCCCCCCAACACCCGGUUUCCUUGGAGAUACAUACAUAGCUGGGUUCUAAGCUUCGUCAGGCAAGAUGGGAUAGAAAUGGUCUGAGUACAGGCUGUGCUCUCAACCCUUACCCCCUUAGGACUUCAGCUGCAUUUCGGGAUGCCCAGGGCAUGCGUUAAUCCCUGGGGUGACUAGCAGAGUAAGAGAAGGGGAGGGAUAGCGGGUAUGAUUAUCUUGGUAUGCAGGUGGAAGUGGGGCUGGAGAGAGAUGGCCAUAAAGCUUCUCCUUUUGGAGCUUUUUUCCAGGCCAGCUUGCGGUAGGUCUGGGUAGCUGGGUCGUGGCUCCACUGGAACUGGGGGGAGGAGGGAAUACAGCUUGAAGGGGUGGGUGAGGAACAGUCAUAUGUUCCAGCUCCAGGACAUUGUGCUCAGGAAUUUGAAAACGCUGCUAUACUUAGUCUGGUUACUACAUUUCUUCCACUCCCCUCUGCCCCUGCCUGCCUUACCCAGGCCCAUACCCUCCUGUUGUCACCCUAAGAUGGAGCCAGGAAGCUCAGUUAAGGCUUCCCUACCCUUUGCACUAGUGUCUCUGCAGGUUGCUAGCUGUGUUAUAUAUGUGCUGUUCCAUGGUGUUGACUGCACUAAUAAUAAAUCUUUUACUCAACUCUCUCAAUUCUUAAUUCACAUCUCUCCCCUCAUGAAGGUUCUCCCCUGCUUUGGCCUUUCUCUCACCUUAAUUCCCCUGACUUCUUCCUUGCUUUGUAACCUAAUCUUGUCUUAGAACUAACCUCUGUUUUAGGAGGAGUUCUAUCUGGGAGGAGUGUGCACCUCAUAUCUUCUUUGCCUUGUGUACCCUCCUAUAUCCUUCCCUCCUGACUCCUGUUCUGCACAGCUGAAGCACUCUCACCAGUCAUCUGAAUUGUGCUCUUUUCAGGGUUUACCUUUGCUCCAAAUCCAUGUCUUCCCUAUGUGUUCUGGGAUUUGGGGACAUUUUCUAUAGACGAUAUGCAAGUACUUUUCCCCCUUGUCCCACAAACACCUUUGCUUUGGAAUCUGGGAUUCCAUUGCAGGCAGGGAAGCCUCCACCCCCAAUGUCUCCUAACCAAGGAAGUACACAGGAGGAAAGGAACCUGGAAUGACUGCACCUGCUGUGGUUGUCAAAUCCUGAUAAACCCUUUUGUAGGCAUUUGCUGCCACCUUCUCCCUAUCAUGAGAAAAAAAAUCUUCUUUUACCACAGUGUACCAUAUUAUAAAUUUGUUGAGCAUUUAUCGUGCACCUAACACAAAUCUAAUAGCACUCUAGAUACUUUACUGGCGCCAAAAAAAAGCAUAAGGACAUUCCUGUGCCCACUGAAUCUACUACACUUUCAUACAUACAAGGUCUGAUGAGAAGAUACUGAUGAAUGUAUCACAGUAUAGAGCACAACUGGCAAUAUGUGUACUCUAAUGAUACCAGUAGUGCUUUUGUUUGUUUAAGCUUCCUCAAAAUUACUUUUAGAACCUGCUGCUCA